AUGGCAAUUCAAACACUCGACUAUCGAGACUUCCAGCAUGGCAGUCCGGAGCAAUACAAAAAGUUUUGUCACAACCUUUGUGACACUUUGUCAACCUGGGGCUUUGCUAAGAUACGAAACACAUCUAUUCCAAACGCUGUCAUAGACGAGCUCUUUUCAUAUAACAAACGCUUCUUUGCCUUGCCCGACGAGAUCAAACAGAAGGCGCGUCACCCUGCAGCACCCAAUCCGCAUCGAGGUUGGAGUGCUGUCGGGCAAGAGCAACUCUCGAGAAUCGCUGGUUUUGAGAAAGACGAAGAGAGCGAGGGUUUCGUUCCAGAGUUCCGGGAAUCUUUUGAUCAGGGUGCAGUUAAUGAUGAGCUUUUCCUCAAUCGUUGGAUCGAUGAGGGUGACUUGCCAGGGUUUCGAAAAUUUAUGGAGAAUUACUAUGAUAUGUGCUGCAACUUCCACACCCAGCUCCUUCGAGCAAUCUCGGCCGGGUUAAAUCUUCCUGAAGAUCUCCUUCUAUCAAAACAUCAGACCGAUGCUAGUGAGCUUCGCCUAAAUCACUACCCUUCUAUACCUUGCGAGGACCUGAAAUCCGGUAUGAGGAUUGGUGAGCACUCAGACUUUGGAACCCUUACACUCUUAUUGCAGGACUCUGUUGGUGGUCUACAGGUUGAGGAUCAGGAAAAUCUAGGCACGUUUAUCCCAGUGGAAUCGAACAGUAUGUACGAAGUUAUUAUUAAUGUCGGCGACUGUUUACAACGAUGGACAAACAGGCAAUUACGAUCGGCCAACCACCAAGUUCAUUUGCCUGAAGGCAAAAGCGCCAAAUCGGGUGAGAUGUUGGCUGAUCGCUAUUCGGUGGCAUAUUUUGGCAAACCAGACAGAAGCGUGCUGGUUGACUCACUCCCGGAGUUCUGCAAUGGCGGGGAGAGCAAGUACAACGAUCAUAUGAAUGCGCUAGAGUACAACCAGACAAAACUACUACGUACAUACGCGUAG